GCUGAAGAAGCACCAUGGGUAGCAAGGGGUAAAUUCCCCCUGGGGUCUUUCCCAGGCUGAGCUCCACCACGUUCCUCCUCGCUCCGCCGCGGAGCUGGCAGCAUGGAGGGAAAGCUCUGAUCUGAAAGCUCUCAAAGGGGCUUUUCUCCCUGGCGUGGGAUCAUCCAGCUGCACACAGCUGGCACUGGCAGGUCCCCAGGAGGCGGGUGGCAGCAUGGAAACACACUGUCUUGGCUGGGCACAAACAACACGGCUCGGGCGGGAGCUCCGCAUUGCUCCCCAAGACAGGCUGUGUGCAGCCAGAUCUCUGCUGUCCCCCCACCCAGUGCUGUGCACGCCAGAGGGUAAACAUUUGAGCCCCUUAGCACGGCCACGCGCGUGUGCAUGCAUAUGUGAGGUCUGCAGAGAGGGGAAGGCCAGAGCAGUUGGGCUGGGCUCUGCCUGGGCCUUUCCAGGAGGGACCUGUCGGUGCCUGGAGUUGCAGCUGGGAGUUGUUUGCAAAGCCGGUGCAAUGGCUCGGGGAGAGCUGGAGGACGACCUCGCUGGCGAGGAGGAGGAGAUGCCGUCCUUCCACUACCGGCCCAACGGCCGGGCGAGGUCAGGUUGCAGCCAGUGCCAGAAGAACCUGUCGCUCCAGACCUCGGUCAAGGUGCUGUACGCCUUCUUCGUCCUCCUCGUCAUCACCGUGACGGUGUUGGCAUCCCUGGUCUUCAGGAGGGUGGACUCCAUGUCCGACAACAUCAGCUCUGCCCAGGCCCACUACGAGAGGAAGAUCCUGUCUGUCCAGCAGGGCCUCCAGGACCUCGAUCAGCGGUCCGUGGGGAACUGCUCCUCGUGCCACGAGACCGGGCAGCUGGGCCAGGACAUCAGCAAGCUGCAGGCGGAGCUGGAGGAGAUCCAGAAGAUGCUCCUGGUCCAGGAGAUCCUGCUGGACCGGACCUCCCAGACCCACCAGCUGCUCACGGCCGCCAGCAACAAGCUCACGGGAGAAGCGGACGCCUGCUCCUUCUCCAUCCGCCAGGUCAACCAGAGCCUGGCGCAGCUGCUGGCCCAGGUGCGCGGCUGGCAGGCGGCGACGGCCGAGCUGGACGGGUCCCUGAAGGGGCUGGCGCAGGAGCGCUACGACGUGCGGGCGGCCCUGCAGCAGGUGAACUUCACCCUGGGGCAGAGCUGGGAGCGGAUCCGCCUCAUGCAGCGCAAGGCGGACGAGGAGACGCUGACGCUGCAGAAGAUCGUGACCGAGUGGCAGAACUACACGCGGCUCUUCGGGGGCCUGCGGGCCGCCUCGGCCAAGACGGGCGAGCUGGUCCGGAGCCUGCAGAGCGGGCUGGGCGCGGCGGCGCAGAGGAUCGGGCAGAACGCCGAGAGCCUGCACGACCUGGUGCUGCAGGUCAUGGGGCUGCAGCUGCAGCUGGACAACGUCUCGUCCGCCCUGGACGAGCACGGGGAGAACGCCAACGACUUGCAGUACCACGCGCGGCACGCGGAGAACCGCACGGACGAGCGCUUCGCCACGCUGGAGGGGCGCAUGGCCUCCCACGAGGUGGAGAUCGCCACCAUCUUCGCCAACAUCAACGCCACCGACAGCCACGUGCACAGCAUGCUCAAGUACCUGGACGACGUGCGGCUGUCCUGCACGCUGGGCUUCCACGCGCAUGCCGAGGAGCUCGGCUACCUCAACCGGACCGUCGCCCGUGUGCUGGUCACCACCGACCUGCUGCGGGAGCGCUUCGGCCUGCUCAGCGCCCGGCUGGACUUCGACGUCCGCAACCUGUCCAUGGUCAUGGAGGAGAUGAAGGUGGUGGACGCCCGGCACGGGGAGAUGCUCCAGAACGUCACCAUUUUGAGAGGUGUGCCUGGCAUGCCGGGACCUCGAGGGAUCAAAGGUGACGCAGGCGCCAGGGGACCUGGGGGUGGCCGAGGCCAGAAGGGCGACGCCGGCAGCUUGGGCGACCCCGGCCCGCAGGGAUCCCACGGCCCCCCGGGCGUAGCGGGGCCUGCGGGCGAGAGGGGCCCCGUCGGCUCCAGAGGCUUCUCCGGCCCCAAAGGGACGAAAGGCGGCUACGGCCAGCCUGGGCCCAAGGGACAGGCGGGCCCGAAGGGCGACAUAGGGCCUCGGGGCCCAGACGGGGCCGCCGGGCCGGCGGGGCCUGUGGGGCUGCAAGGAAAGCCAGGGAUGCCGGGGAAACCCGGGGCACCGGGUCCCAUCGGGCCUAUGGGACCCAAGGGGGACCCCGGCCUGCGGGGAGAGCCUGGCCUGACCGGUCCCCCCGGCCCCCCAGGCCACUAAGCCAGUUGCAAGCCCCUGAGCUGUCCUCCCCCUGCCCCUCGGAGAAGACCCACAGCAGGCACCUGGGAGAGGUCCCGCCGGCCCCGACCAGCCUCCCAGCACCCCCAUUGCCUCCCAGAGCUGGGGGUGGCACCUGUCCAGGGCUGCGACGGGGUGGGGGGGCUUGGCACGGCCCCCCGAGCCCACGCGUCGUUGGGGGAUCCCUGGGCAGAGCCCCGAGACCCCGACUGGCGCGCUGCUCCCGGCAUGACGGGCACGGGCCCCGCGGGGCUCCCCCGACCCAAGGAGCCGUGUCGCGGCGUGUGCACGGCACGGUGCAGCUGGUUUGCCCCCCGCCACCCGCCACGCUGCCCGCUAGCCGCGGGCCAUGUAACAGCCCUGUAUUCACGAGCAAUAAAGGUGUAUGGGGA